UUUGAGGUUCGUGCUCUUCCCCCGAAUUCCGCUGAUCAUCUCAGGGCAUUAGCCUUUUAAUUUAUAGAUCUCAGGUGUUAUAUGCAACAUUGGAUUCUUCUACCAAGUGGUGAGAGGAUUAAUAAUUGAUAUUUUUAAACACCGAUACACUUUCUUCCUUUAACCGGACGCUACACCUUCGUUCUCCGACAUCUCAAACGAAAGAAAGCGUCGGUUCUAGGCUACUAAUUCAAGGCUGGUGGAUAGGUUCUCUACAGUACAAUGCUGAUAAGUUUGUAUACUCUGAUGACAUUUGUGUGGGGACUACCCGGCUUUUCGGCCUCGUACGUUCCCUGUGAGCCGUGCGAUCAGAAGGCGAUGUCCAUGUGUCCUCCGGUGCGGAUGGGGUGUCAGGUGGUGAAGGAGCCCGGCUGCGGAUGCUGCUUGACCUGCGCACUGACCGAGGGGCAGGCGUGUGGAGUCUACACGGGCACUUGUGGACAGGGACUGCGCUGCUUACCUCGAAACGGGGAGGAAAAGCCGCUGCACGCUCUACUUUACGGCAAAGGAGUUUGCAUGAAUGAGAAACAAGGUGUAUACAAACCACUGCCUAGAGAUCGUGAGUCACAUGAAGACACCCACGUUGCAGAGGUAACAGAGGAUCUGCUUCCCCAGGCCAAAGUUCCAUUAUUCCAACGAGACCACAUUAACAGCAAGAAGGCUCAGGCCAUGCGAAAUGAUCAGAAGAGACUGGAGGCUAAACUCAGGAUCAGGGGCAAUGUUGAAUACCCACUCUUCAGAAAGGACAAAUAUCAGUCUGACAUUGGUCCAUGCCGAAGAAAGCUGGAUGGAAUCAUCCAGAGGAUGAAGGACACCUCCAGAAUCAUGGCUCUUUCACUGUACCUGCCUAACUGUGAUAAGAAAGGCUUCUUCAAGCGCAAACAGUGUAAACCCUCCAGGGGGCGCAAGAGAGGCAUCUGCUGGUGUGUAAACAAGCAUGGAGUUCAGAUGCCGGGCACUGACUUUAAUGGAAGCAACAUCCAGUGCAAAGAUCUUGAAAGCAACAGCAACAACAACGAAUGAGACAACUCAAAUUUGGUCACGUAACAAUGAGAUUGUCUUUCAUCUACCAUAUUAUGUGAUUUGCCAAUUAUUUCUAAUCUUAAUCUUAAAGGGUUAGUUCACGCCAAAAUGAAAAUUCUGUCAUU